UGCGCGAGGCGCUCAGUGAUCUGAGAGGGAGUGGGGAAUUUCAGCUAACUGAGGGAUGCUGAUGGCUGCUCGGUCCCUGCUAUCAUCCCAUUAAACCUCACACCUGUAACGCAAACCAGCAGCGCGACCACUACACCAUGGGCUCUCUGAAACUCUUCGUGUGGCUUUUUGUAGCUUGUGAAGGACAUAGUCAAAUCCAGGCUUUAAUCGACUCUACACAGAAGGUGUCUCAUACAGGCGUGGUCACCAUUGUCUCACGCUCACAUGCAGACCGGAACGUCUACCCUUCAGCUGGGGUGCUGUUUGUCCAUGUGCUGGAGAGAGAAUACUUUAAAGGAGAAUUUCCUCCUUAUCCUAAGCUAGGGGACACCAGCAAUGACCCAAUCACCUUUAAUACCAACUUGAAGGGUUUUCCAGACAGACCCGGGUGGCUGCGCUACAUCCAGCGAACUCCACACAGUGAUGGAGUCCUUUACGGCUCCCCCACAGCGGAGCAUGCGGGCAAACCAACCAUCAUCGAGAUUACGGCUUAUAACCGACGCACUUUCGAAACAGCAAGGCACAAUUUGGUCAUUAACAUCAUGGGUACAGAAGAAUUCCCUUUGCCGUAUCAGGCCGAGUUUUACAUUAAAAACAUGAAUGUUGAGGAGAUGUUAGCCAGUGAGGUGCUGGGAGAUUUCCUGGGUGCUGUGAAGAAUGUCUGGCAGCCUGAGAGACUCAAUGCCAUUAACAUCACUUCGGCUCUGGACAGGGGCGGACGUGUGCCUUUGCCCAUCAACAACCUGAAAGAGGGUGUGUAUGUGAUGGUGGGAGCGGACGUUCCAUUCUCCUCAUGCCUGCGUGAGGUAGAGAGUCCUCAGAACCAGCUGCGCUGCAGUCAGGAGAUGGAGCCAAUCAUCAGCUGUGACAAGAAGUUCAGAGCUCAGUUCCACAUCGACUGGUGCAAAAUCUCACUGGUGGAUAUUACUAAAGUCAUUCCUGUACACAAUAGCCGUCCAGAACCAGGCACUGGGGUGCUGCCAGACAUUGGUGAAUACAAUCCACCCUCUGAGUCACUGAAAAGUAGAGACUAUUUUGCUGACUUCCUGGUCACAUUGGCUGUGCCCUCUGCUGUUGCUCUGGUCCUCUUCGUCAUCCUGGGUUAUUCAAUGUGCUGUCGCAGAGAAGGAGUGCGAAAAAGAAACAUGCAAACACCAGACAUCCAGAUGGUGCACCACAGCUCCAUUCAGAAAUCAACAAAGGAGCUGCGCAGCAUGUCGAAGAACAGGGAGAUCUCUUGGCCUCUCUCCACGCUGCCUGUGUUCAACCCUGUGAGCGGAGAGGUGGUGCCACCGAUCCACCCAGAAAAUUAUGAGACUACCAGCAUGCCGCUCAUGCAAACCCAGACAAAUCUUCAAAAUCAAAUGCAGAUCCCACAACAGCAGCCUUCGGGAGAUAAUUACAGUUUGUCAACAUUUCGAAGGCUGGAGGUAAAUGGUAUUCCUGAAGAGAGGAAAGUGGCUGAAGCGCUGAAUUUGUGAGAUCUCUCAUCACUCAUAGCUUUGAGUGUCUGUGUAUUUUGUGUUUCCAAACCGUGCCAAAUCUGCAUGUGCAAUGUGAUCCAGUGCAGCAUCCAUAAGAUGUCGUCCACGCGGCAGCUGGAGCUAACGAUGGCUACAUUCACACCACCAUAUCUGAACUAUUUAAGUAUCUGAAGGUAUUUUGAGGUAAUUGUCUUCUUAAAGGGAUGUUUAAAAGCUUGGACACACUUUCAUCGGAAUGAAAGGUUUUUUUUUCCAUCUCUUACUAUACUAAAGCUGUUUUGAUAAAUAAAUUAAUAAACUUACCAUAAAUCUC